CUCUCACCCUGUGCUUCCCCAUUGCUUCGCCCAUGAGCGAACCUUCUCGAUUUCGGGCCACUUCAGCACCCCUGGCAUAUCUGACUAGCUUCGCUCAAGUCUCUCGAUACCUGGGCUCCACACAAACCGGCUCUCAGCGUGCCAGCCUACCAAAUAACACUCUCAAGUGACCACAAAGAAAGCGAACGGGUGGGGCAGCCGGCGCUGACGAGGGACACCCUAAUUGUAUAUUGUCGUGGUGGGUCACAUUCCAGUGGAAGGUUUGGAGAGGACCACUUACGGAUGCCGACAAACGAUUAGCGUCGAAGCAAUCCCGAUAAGCAGCUGGUCGAGCGUCAGUGCAUGACGGAUAAAGUCGGCGCAAACCGGACCACAAUGGCGGCGUGCUGCGAUGCACCCUCUCCCGAAGAACUAAACGACGGCUCGAUCGUCUGCGACUCCUGCGGUAAAGUUAUCGGCACCGUCGAACUCCGUACAGAAGUUGCAGAUACCCUCGAAGGAGAGCAAAGGAGCCGCUUUCUCCAAACCGUGCCCACAAAUGGUGGUCUUCGAGGGUCGAUGUUUCACAAUGCUUCCUAUGAUUUCUUAAAGACCCGUAACAUCGAGAUGGAGGUGAAGGACCGGCUAACGAGGUUGAAAUUGGGACAAUAUGCGGACGCCGUGUUGAAGAUGUUCUGGGCUACGGAGAAGGCGAUUUUGAGGUCUGGGAGGACGAAGGUUCGAUACGGACCGCUUUCGGCUGCUUGUGUUUGGUUGAAUGUUAGACGGUUUGGGCUCUCGACGGCGGUCGAUGAAGUUAUGGUUGCAUUCGAGGUCACAGCACAGCACUUGAAAAGAGCGCUAAACCUCAUACAGAAGCACACGCCAAUCCCCGAAACAUCCAGCCUCUACUAUAACUUCGAAACUUAUCUCGACAAAGUCUGUCACGGCAUAGCAAAACGGGUCAAAUCCCCCGAGCUGGAGCCCACCUUGCGAAAGCGCGCCCGCAUUAUACUCGAUGUCGCCAGACGAGGGUGUUUCCACGAAGGCAAGAACCCGGCAAUGCUGGCGGCCGCAGCUGCAUGUCUAGCAUACGAGGCGCACUUCCGGAAGAAGGCACCGCCAGGUAUCCCGGAACAUGCGGCCGGAAUUCUUGCCCAGGAGCACCAACACGUGUCGUACCGUUACAUUGAGCUGAAGGAUAUGUUGACGACCUGCGCCAAAGUGUUUCCGUUCUUUACGGACGAGAUGCUGAAGCCGAAGAUGUUUCAUCGCUCGCUAUCGGAAAUCAUCGACGUGCUGGGUGAAGAGGAACGCACUAGGACAGAGGAGGAUGAAGCGAGAGUGCGUGAUUCAUCGGCUAGAACAUCGUCUGGAACGCCAAUGAUCGAAACGCCACCAGUCGUCACUGUUGAGAGGAUGAACAAAGCUCUCGUUCCGCCAACAUUCGCCAUCAACGCGCGGAAAACCGAGUAUCUCACCCGCCGGAUCAAGAAAGCCAAAAUCCGCAUCAAUCAAUUCUACUACUGUGAACUGAGUAGCUGCGGCGAGAGCUCGGCGGACGAAGAUACCAUCGAACCCGUCCCUCCGACCUUUCCCACUAGGAUCCCGUCGCUUGCAGAGAUGGACAGAGACGAGCGCGAUCAUACCGACAAGCGGAUCGAACAGCUGCUCUUGGAUGAAUACUCUGAUCAGCAGAUCUUGUCUAUGGGGCACCGCAUCCAUACGAAUCGGCGCUAUGACCCUACCUUGCCUCCGUCAGCCGAUAUUUUGAGUUCAUCUGUCCUGCCCCAGCGGUCUGCCCUGCGCCAGCGGCCCGACGCAGCGGUUCCCAUUACGCCUGAUGCAAGUGCGAGCGAACAUGAGGAAGAGGAGAUGCUGCAAGUGCCUAGUCAUACGGAAACAAGGCCUGCGAAAAGGAAAAGAGCGCGGCAGUCGAAGAAGGGAUCGAAAGAAAAUGUAGAUCAGGUAGCACGGAAACGACGGCAAUUGUCGAGGAAGGUGGGGGUAAUGGAGGAGUUGAGAGCGUAGCCGCGUUAGUGAACGGGCACCCUGUAUAUACCCGCCGGAAGGCCACAUACUAUUAGUACAUAAUGAUUUUGAUGCUGGCACAGCAGCUAUGACGGCGUUUAGUGGAAUAUGAUCAACG